AUGGCCUCGGUGGAAGUUGAGGCGGUUCAGGUCUACAGAGGGCUGGUGGACAAUCUUCUCGACCGCGCGGCGAAAGUCAAGACCGACAAACAGAUUGAACCCCCAUUGACUGAGGCGCUUCUGGGAGAUCGUAUUUGGCAGCUUCCAGUUGAUGACAAGGCUUCCGAGAAACCCUUGAAUCAGCAGACUCAGUUUGCUGCCGUUGAGAUUGCCUUUCGCGAGAAAUUCUACCAUAUCCUGGCCUCCACCUCUAUCAAUGACCCCUCUUUCAUCCAUAUCUGGAAUCUCCUUGAUCUUGUGUCCAUAUUCUCCGACAACGAACAAUGCGAGCCGGGUCUCAUCUUCUGGCUUAUCGAGGAGCUUUUGGAUAGCCAAACAAUUGAUGGCUGCCGCAAAGUAUUUGACUAUCUGGAGUCACGUCGAGAACGAAACAUUAAGAAACACUUCAAGCAAAAGAGCUUGAUCAUCCUCCGAUCCUGCAAUGAACUCCUUCGUCGACUAUCACGAGCAGAAGAUACGGUCUUCUGUGGACGAGUAUUUAUCUUCCUUUUCCAAAGCUUCCCACUCGGCGAUAAAAGUUCGGUCAACCUUCGGGGAGAGUUUCAUACGGAGAAUGUUACCACCUAUGAUGAGAUUGUGAAAUCGACCACUGAAAACGAUGACGGGGACACCAGCAUGACUGACGGAAAUGAUGGUUCUGCUACACCUGAUGGACAGCCUGAUCAGGGCAACAAAGAUGACGGAGCUACACCUGAAAUAGACUCACGAGUGCCUAAGGUCAUUUUUUCUCGUGGUCGAAAGGAUAAGCCCAAGGAAAAAGUGGAUCUGGAUGCCCUAUACCCCAUCUUCUGGAGUCUACAGUCCUAUUUCUCGGCACCGAGCAAAAUGUUUGAUGCUGAGCGUUUUGCAUCUUUCAAGAGUGGCCUUGAAGCUACAUUGCACGCUUUCAAGAACAUCAACACUGACCUUGAAAACCAAGGCCCUGCACGAUCAGAAGAUACGUCAAGGUCUCACAAGCGUAAACGCGGCGAUGAGGCCGAGGUUGGCACAAGCUUCAACCCCAAAUACUUGACUAGUCGAGAUCUUUUUGAUCUUGAAGUAAGUGAUACUGCGUUUCGACGACACGUUCUUGUUCAGGCCCUCAUUCUCCUUGACUUCAUGUUGUCUCUGACUUCCAAGUCCAAAGGGCGCUUGGCAGACCUGACUAACAAAUCGGUGCUCUAUGGUUUUGUGUUGAGCGAAGACGACGCUAAAUGGGUGGCAAACAUGCGCAAGAGCAUUGAAGGCUACCUGCAACAGGGCAAUGGCGGGAAGUUCUACUAUCGUAUGGUGGACACCGUUUUGUCUCGGGACAAGAAUUGGGUGCGAUGGAAGGCCGAAGGCUGUCCGCCUAUUGAGCGACCGGCCAUCUCCGUGCCUGACUACAUGAAGGCGCGAGACGAGGCAAGAAAGACCUACUUUAACAGGCGUCUUCGUCCGUCACCCAUGGGAGCUCUAGAUUUCAAGUUCCUCUCAGGUACCGAAGCAUUGGCCAACAUUGAACGUCUCAAGGAAUCGGACCGGUAUUCCGUCCCUACUGUUGAAGUGAUCAUGAAGAAUAUCAUGAAUGAUGAGAUGGACAUCGACAUGGCGAUGACUGACGAGGACAAGGAAGCCGCCAUCCGAGCUAAAUCCAGCAAGACCUGGCGCAUUCUUCGUCUGGCGGCCAAGUCAAAACUGUCAGCAUUUGACAAAAUCGACGACGGCAAAAAUCUUGAGGUUCUAUUUGAGGCCCCCGCCCUGCCGACAGACACGCCCCAAGCCACGGAAGGAGCCGACGAUGAUGGGAACGAAGACAUCAAGGACGCUCCUGAGGAAAUCGACGAGGAGGCGCAGCAAGCGCAGGAAACCGCCGUUGAGAGCAAGGACGUCACCGACGUCCCCGAGCAAGAACCGAAUAUCACUAGCGACGACACGGUCAUUAACCAAGGCGCCGACAUCCCUAGCGCGGCUUCCGGAGAUAAACCCAUGGAAGACUCAACGACCUGA